AUGCUUGCCCCGGUUAUCUAUCUUAUACAAAAUUCAGGCAAGGGGAUACGGUCUAAGUUAAUGAAAGCGUUUAAUUGGUGGCUGAAUAUUGAUCAACAAAAGCUAGCUAUUCUCGAGGAAGUAAUUGAGAUGCUCCAUAACGCGAGUUUGGUAAUCGAUGACAUAGAGGACGGUUCUGAUCGUCGUCGUGGUAAGCCCGCUGCGCACAUGCUUUUUGGGAUCCCAAUGUCAAUAAAUGCCGCCAACUAUGCGUACUUCAUUGCGUUAGAAAAGGCUCUUACUCUAAAGCAUCCGGAUGUUCCAAAAAUUUUCGCAGAACAAAUGGUCAACCUUCACCGAGGUCAAGGUCUGGAUAUAUACUGGCGAUGUUCGCUUAAGUGCCCUUCUGAGGAGGAGUACAAGGAUAUGGUUGUACGAAAAACUGGUGGUCUCUUCGGUAUGGCUGUGAACUUCAUGAAACUCUUCUCCACUGUCACUACGGAUUACAAACCACUUUUGGAUGCUCUUGGUCUGUGGUUUCAAAUUCGUGAUGAUUUUGUCAAUCUGGUGGAUACCUCUUAUCACAAGGAAAGGGACUUUGCAGACGACUUAACGGAGGGUAAGUUCAGCUUCCCGGUGGUGCACGCGAUCAACACCUGCCCCAAUGAUCAACAGGUAAUAGCAAUUCUUCGUCAGCGCACCUCAAAUCGUGCUGUGAAGGAGCAUUGCAUUCAACACCUCCACAAACUCGGUUCCCUCAUCCACACGGAGCGUACUCUCAUCCAACUGGAGCUAGAGUGUAGACGUAUCAUAGAGGAUUUGGGUGGGAAUCCACACGUCUUGCUACUAUUUGAGGAGUACUCGAAGACUUCAGAAGAGAGUGACUCGAAGGCAGGAGGACGCCGCAUUGAAUUGGAUUAUGGUUCUCUUAAUGACAGCGAUGGAAAGUCCAACGUUCCUACUGGCCUGCAGAUGUUCUCAGCCUACCGUCAGGGCAUUCUAGAUCCAGACAUAGUCAGUACACAAGCCGCUGCGUCAAAGGUGAGAGAAGGGACGAAGAGGAAUGAACCCAACCCCACUGGUGUAGUAAAGGUUCCUUCGGCCUGGCUGAAACCGCGUGGUGUGCUUGGUCGUUUGGCUUCUGGCCACAUUCCCACAACCACAAAUGACCCUUCCUCCUCAUCUGCCUCCAGCAUCUCGACCACAACAGCUCAAAGGAUUGCUUACGAGCCCCCGUCAAUUUCUACAAAGACUGGAGUUCCGAUGGACAGCAAAAAAUUACUGGUUAAUCAAUGUCAGAGAGGGAACCCUCUCCUCGAGUUGAUUCGUCACGUUACUUGGGAGUACGCAGCUAUUGAGCCCGACUACGUCUUUGGUCCCAGUCAGUGCGGUCUGCGAUAUCACAACUUGAAUCCGGAGUACAUCUUCAAUAGGCUUCAAAAACUCAAAUCCACCUUUCAACUCAUCGUGCUCAUUGCUCUGGUCGAUGUGGACGACGCUCAUCACCCUUUGAAGGAGCUGAACAAAUUUGGUCUCACACAGAACGUCACAGUAUUGCUUGCUUGGAGCUUUCUGGAAGCAGCGCGCUACGUAGAGUGCUUUAAGGCGCUGGUGAACAAGCCACCAGAGGAGCUGCAGCCAGAAGGGGCGAUAGCAACGGUGCAGAAAGAUCAGUUGACUCUUGCGACUGACUUUUUCACCACCCUCCGUGUCGUCUCGCGGUCGGACGCUGCUGCUCUCCUCUCCCGUUUUGGGACUGUUUCAAAUAUCAUAAAGGCGGACAGGAAGAUGCUGGAGAGCUGCCCUGGCAUAGGCACCGUGAAAGGCGAAAAAAUCUACGAGGCGCUUCAUUCCAACCUCAAGCGAAAAGUUCUCGAUUAG